UUUAAAAAACAUUACAAACGUGGGAUAGGAUCUACCAGAAACUAGAGCUCGUUUUAGUUUUCUAAAACUCCUCCUUGCAUCAAUUAUUACUGUCUUUGAAUAGACAAAGUCCAUUAUUAGCAAACUAAUCCAAGGUUUCUUAAUGGGGCUUGUUCUCUGUUUGCUUCUUUUCUUUAUUACAAGAACUUCUGCACUAAACACUAUUACACCAGGCCAAUCCAUAAAAGAUGGUGAAACUCUGGUGUCAGCUGGUGGAAGCUUUGAACUGGGAUUUUUCAGUCCCGGGAAUUCUAAGAGUCGAUAUCUAGGAAUUUGGUACAAGAAAGUAUCAAGUGGGACUGUUGUAUGGGUAGCGAACAGGGAAGCUUCUAUUUCUGAUACCUCAGGCGUUCUAAGUAUCAGUGACAGGGGAAUUCUCGCAAUUCUGAAUAGCAUCAAUAGCGCUGUUUGGUCUUCCAAUACAUCAAGAAAUGCAAAGGAAUCAGUUGCACAACUGCUGGAGUCGGGAAAUUUUGUGGUGAAAGACAGAAAUGAUAAUGAUCCGGAGAACCUUCUUUGGCAGAGUUUUGAUUAUCCUUGUGAUACCUUUCUACCGGGAAUGAAGAUUGGAAAAGACUUUGUCACUGGUUUUGAUAGGUAUAUAUCAUCCAGGAGAAGCACAGAAGAUCCUGCUUCAGGCCAAUAUAGUAUCAGGAUAGAUCCUCGGGGGUUGCCACAGUUUGUUCUUAAGAAGGGACCUGAAAUAUUGUUUAGAGCAGGAUCAUGGAAUGGUGUUUACUUUACAGGAAAACCAGUGCUUAAAGCUAAUCCAGUAUAUUCGUAUGAGUUUGUCUUGAAUAAGAAUGAGGUCUACUACAAAUAUGAGAUGCAAAACAGUUCCAUCUUUUCGAGGUACUUAUUGAAUCCAUCAGGUCUAAUAAAAGGUUCCAUACUGAAUGAGAGAAAAAAUGACUGGGAGGUUUUCUCAACAGCACAAGCAGAUCAGUGUUCAAUCUAUGCCUUUUGUGGAGCAUAUGCCACUUGCAGCACCAACAAGUCUCCUCCAUGUACAUGCUUGGAAGGGUUUGUGCGGAGUUCAGCAUCCUCCACAGAUUUGAACUCUGUAGAUUGGUCAGAUGGAUGUAUUCGAAGGACGCCAUUGACGUGUGAUGAUGGAGAUAGCUUUCUCAAGCAGACUGGAUUAAAAAUACCAGAUACAUCGAUAUCUUGGACAGACAUGAGCAUGAAUCUCAAGGAAUGUGAGAAUUUGUGUUUGAAAAAUUGCUCUUGCACAGCUUAUGCAAAUUUAGAUAUUAGAGAGGGAGGCCAUGGCUGCUUGCUGUGGUUUGGAGACCUAAUUGACAUCUCAGACUUCACGGAGGGUGGACAAGACAUUUAUAUCAGGCUGGCCACUUCAGAUCUAAAUCACAUUCAACGCAAAGGAAAGUCGAAGGAAAAGCAAAAAGCUGGAAUUAUAAUCAUCUCUGUCAUUAUAGCCACAGGAAUGAUGAUAGUCUCAUUUUUGUUGUAUACCCGGAAGAAAAAGCUUAGAAAAGCAGGUGAACAGGAAAAGGAAGAACUAGAGUUGCCGGUAUUUGAUUUCGCCACAAUAGCUAAGGCAACAAAUAACUUCUCAAGCAACAACCAGCUGGGACAAGGUGGAUUUGGUCCUGUGUACAAGGGUACAUUGAUAGAGGGGCAAGAAAUAGCAGUAAAGAGACUUUCAAAGAAUUCAGGACAAGGACUGGAAGAGUUCAAAAAUGAAGUAACAUUGAUUGCUAAACUUCAGCACCGCAAUCUUGUAAAGCUCUUCGGUUGUUGCAUCAGGAGAGAUGAAAGGAUGUUAAUCUAUGAGUACAUGCCUAACAAAAGUUUGGACUACUUUAUUUUCGAUCCAACAAGAAGCAAAUUUCUGGACUGGCAUAGCCGCAUGCAUAUUGUUGAUGGAAUUGCUAGAGGGCUUCUUUAUCUCCACCAUGACUCUAGAUUGAGGAUUAUCCAUAGAGAUGUCAAAGCAAGCAAUAUCUUACUAGAUAAUAGUAUGAACCCAAAGAUUUCAGAUUUCGGAUUGGCUAGGAAGUUUGGAAGUGAUCAGACUGAGGCCAAUACUAAAAGAGUGGUCGGAACCUACGGCUAUAUGUCACCUGAGUAUGCCUUUGAUGGGCUUUUCUCAAUGAAAUCUGACGUCUUUAGCUUUGGGGUUUUGGUUCUGGAGAUAGUAGCAGGAAAGAGAAACAGAGGAUUUUCCCACCCGGAACAUGACCAUAAUCUUCUUGGACAUGCAUGGAGAUUGUGGAUGGAAGAGAGGCCAUUAGAACUAAUUGACAAUGCAUUAGGUAACUCUUAUAUGGUGGCUGAAGUUUUAAGAUGCAUCAAUGUAGCUCUAUUAUGUGUGCAGCGACACCCUGAAGACAGACCUAACAUGUCAAUGGUGCUGCUGAUGUUGUCCGGCCAGACUAUAUUGCCUCAACCGAAGCAGCCUGGCUUUUUCAUUGAAAGAAAUCUGCCACUGGCUUAUUCUAAAUCAGUCAAGCAUGAACCAUUCUCGGCAUAUGGAUCUACUGUAACGGUGUUAGAACCACGUUAGCAGCUCCUCAUACCAUAAAAACUCUAAGAGUAUACCUAGGAGUGUAUGCUAAACAUUCAUACAUUUCAAAAUUAAUGACAAUGGU